AUGAAUUCUGUGCAACUACACUGUCUGGACCACUUUGAUGGUUCAUGGUCGAGGGAAGAUGUGGAGACGUUGGCUACAAGACAAGGUGUUGUUUUACUUCACCAAAAGCUUCUUAACAACAAGGAAGUUCCUCCAACACCGCAUGUUCCUAUACAGAUUCGAGGCCCCGAUCUUCCGGAGUAUGAACGGGGACUGGCCAGCGUUUCUUCCGAGGAUCAAGAUAAAUUUCUAAAUGACAUUUUAUACAGCCAGUUAUCACUUGCACGCAAUGUUUGCGCCAGUUCUCCUUUUCAUUCUGCUUUACGUCGUAGACUUCAAGUGUUACAGAGGAUAUUUUCCGCUUUAUCAAACAAAUUUCACAAGUUCUCGUCACCAAAAUCAGCCUCAUCUUCAAAGAAUAAUUCUCGGGAUAAUUCCACGAGUUUAACGAAACUUGCAGCCGCAGAAACGAAAGAUGCUUCCGCGGUGCUAAUAGAAAUGGGUGUUAAAACCGGGAUGUCACUUUUAUUUGCUUUAUUGCGUCAGUCCUGGCAACUUAAUCAUGGACAGCUGUGUAAUGAUGUACUGUUAACUGCAUCAGAUGUUUUGUCUGCUAUUCCUCCACUUGCUUUGGCACAAGAGUCAAAAAUUCCUGAGAUGGGACAAGAUUGCUUGAACCAGAUCACAGCAUUUCUUAGGGGAGUUGUGUCUCCAAGCUCAGCAGCUGAUAAUGUUGGAAGACAGCUUGCUUGUGAAUUGCUUUUAAGAAUUAACACCCUGAGAGGGUCGUUGAAAUAUCUGUUGGAGUGGAUUGAAAUGGCUCUUAGCGUUUCAUACGAGGUUAAGGAACCUGGUGUUCCAAAUGGGAUCUCAUCAGCUUGUAUCUGUGACAUUCUCAUUCAAAUCAGGAAAUCUGCAGUAAGUACAUAA